AUGGAGACAUGGAUCAUUUUGAUUCUUCUGCUGUUGGCUGUGUUGAUCUUGAAUUUCUUAGCACAUCGGUGGUCAAGAAGGCGUUUUCCUCCUGGGCCUCUUUCCUUUCCUCUCAUUGGAAGUACGUGGGUUAUUGGGACUAGACUUCAUAAAGAUACAUUGAUUAAGCUAGCAAAGAGAUAUGGAACCCUGUACACAAUGUGGUUGGGGAAUCAACCUGUAGUAGUGCUGUCCGGAUUCAAAACAGUGAAAGAAGGGAUGGCCAACUUCUCAGGAGAAUUCUCUGAUCGAAUAGUGACCCCUUUCUUCACAACUAUUGGAAGAGACAUGGGCAUUCUAUUGUCAAAUGGUCACAUUUGGAAGCAGCAGAGGCACAUUGUUGUCACUUCUUUACGGAAACUGGGACUAGGGAAGAAAAGCAUUGAGUACCAGAUACAAGAAGGAUGCCGCUCGCUUACAGAGAUCUUCAUACGUACAAAAGGGCAACCUUUUGAUCCUUCCAUCCCGUUAUCCAAUGCAGUCAUUAACGUGAUAUGUGCUUUGUGUUUUGGAUACCAAUUUGCUUUGGAAGAUGAAAACUUCUUGAAGUUAAUUGCAGCACUUGAUGAUAUAAUAGAUUUCACCACCACCUUUUUUCACUUGUUAUAUGAAUUGUUCCCAUGGCUGAUGAGAAAUAUUCCGGGGCCUCACAAGAAGGCAAAGGACAGUUCAGAUUUCAUAGUUUCAUUUGCAAAGCGCGAAAUGGAGAAGCAUAAGAAUGACAACUCUCUCUGUGAACCACAGGAUUUCAUUGAUUACUAUCUACUUCAAAUAGAAAAUAGCAAGCACGACUCCGAGACUUCCUACAAUGAAGAAAAUUUGGCUCAAUGUAUCCAUGACCUUUUUCUUUCUGGAACGGAAACAAUUACUUCUACAUUGCUGUGGACAAUACUCAUGAUGGCAAAUCAUCCUGACAUUCAAGAAAAGAUCUAUAAAGAGAUGGAAGAUACCUUUGGUUCCUCAAGCUCAAUUUCCUAUCAAGAUCGGAUAAAUCUGCCUUACACCAAUGCAGUAAUUCAUGAAAUCCUGCGUAUAAAAUACGUAUUAUUAUUUGGGAUUCUCAGACAAAGCAUAAAGGAUGUGAAGAUGAGAGGUUACCACAUUCCAAAGGGGACUAUUAUCGUGGGCAAUCUGCUCUCUGUCCUUUUCGAUCCUGAGGAAUGGGAAACACCUGAAAAAUUCAAUCCAACAUUUUUGGACCAAGAUGGGAAUUUUAAAACUCGGGAAGCGUUUCUGCCAUUUGGAAAAGGGUCUCAUGCGUGUUUGGGAGAACAGCUGGCAAGAACUGAGAUCUUCAUCAUAUUAACCAGCCUGCUGAAGACCUUCGUCUUGCAACUACCUGAAGGAGUCAAGAAGCUCAAUGACGAACCUGUAGUUACUAUAUCUUUGCAUCCACAUCCUUUUAGAAUCUGUGCCAUCCCCCGCCAAACAUCACAAUUUCCAUAA